ACUAACAAGCUGUGCCAAUAUUAAAGAAAAAUUAAGCGCGUAACAACGUAAAAACGCAUUGUGAAAUUUGUCAAAUAACAGUUCGAAGAAAUACAAUAUUCAGUAUGAACACCAUAACCACCAUUCGCAGCAUCAACGACUUCAACAAACGCAUCGAUUCGGCCGAAGGCAAAGUGGUGGUGCUUGAUUUUUAUGCAACAUGGUGCGGUCCCUGUAAGGAAAUCGAGAAGACGGUGAAAUCACUGGCCCGUCAAUAUGAGGGCAAGGUGAUAUUCCUGAAGGUCAAUGUGGACAAAUACGAUGAACUGGUGCAAAGGUACAAAGUGCGCAGCAUGCCAACAUUUGUCUUCCUGAGAGGCGCUCGACGCCUGGGCUCCAUUAUCGGGGCUGAUGAGCACAAACUGGUGAAGAUGCUGGCCAAGGUGGGCAAGUGAGGGAACGUUCGUCGUCCCCAUAACUUUCUCUCGAUACUCCUUCCACGACGCUGGGCGUCGAUAAUAUUUAACUUUAAACGUUCGAUAAUGUAAUAAUGUAAUUGUGAUUGUAUUUUAAAUUUGUGUAAUGUGUAACUUGACUUAAAAUAGAUGUAAGCAAGAGUAAGCUCAAAUAAAACUCCAGCAUUAUGACAAAUUAA